UAAGGAACCCCCCUCCCUUUCCCCCCGGAAGCGAUCGCGGCUAGGUUAGGCAUUUAACCUAGACAUCUCCAUCGCAACGGCUGGCCUAUUUCUCUUAUCACUAACUUACUUGUCUAUAUCUCUAAUUCUGAUGUCUGUAAUGAAUACCCGAAGCUGUCCACCAGAAUGACGCAGCAUUACGCGUUACACGCCAAGGGCCAUAUCCCGUUCUCACCAGGCGGAUCGCUGCGGGUAUCACGAGGAGUAUCGCGAUCGCAGGCUUGGAAAUUGGCCGUCAGUGUCUUCAUUAGCCUCUUCUUGCUAACCUUCCUGCUCUGCCAGGUAGACGGGGAGCGCAUAGCAACCAUAAUCUAUCUUUUUACGAAACUCAAGUCUCAGGAUUUAUUACAAGUAUCUUUGGCCGAUUGGGACUGGAGCAAUAUCGAGCCCAGAAGAACCUUACAGUGGCAGAGUUGCUAUAAUGGCAAUUAUGACUGCGCAAGACUCGAUGUGCCGAUGGACUGGCUGAGUCCACCCGAGGAUGCGCAGGCACGAGUCUUUUUGGCCAUCAUACGCCUCAGAGCCGUUGAACUUGACGACUAUAAGGGUCCCUUAUUUUUUAAUCCAGGGGGUCCUGGAGGAUCCGGGGUUUAUGCACUUAAAGAUCGCGGCGCACUUCUGCAGGCUAUUGCUGGCAAGAACUAUGAUAUCAUAUCAUUUGAUCCAAGGGGCAUCGGCGCAUCUCUUCCGCGGGUUGACUGUUGGGGAUCUCAAGAGAAGAGUCGCAUAUGGGCAUUGCAAGAUGUUGGCGUGGUUGAUUCCCAUCCGGGAGUCAUAUAUGACGCAUUUGCACGAGCAACCGCCUUUUCCCAGGCUUGUGAGAGAAACAUGAACGGCUCGGAUCUUCUUUCGCACAUCAGUACUGCAUCGCAUGCGAGAGAUUUACUUGAGAUUCUCCACCAGACUGGGCAGGACAAGCUCAAAUACUGGGGCUUCAGCUAUGGGACGAUACUAGGCGGCGUAUUCGCCGCAAUGUAUCCUGAUAAGGUCGAGAGGCUCGUUAGCGAUGGUAAUGUAGAUUACCGGGAAUGGCAUGUAAACUCGCAUAUCAACUUUCUGCACGAUACUGAUAAAGUGAUGGAAGCUUUCUACAACUUCUGCUACGAAGCUGGCCCUUCUAGUUGUGACUUCUACGCGUCAAGCCCGACAGCCAUAGAGCGAAGGCUAGCUACCCUUCUUAAGCGGAUCAGGGAACAUCCCAUAAUUGUGCCAGCCUCUAAAUCGGGGCCUGAUAUGCCGCAGCUAAUCACUUGGUCCCACCUCAAGCGGUUGAUCUCCGCUUCUCUUUACCGGCCCAUCCUCAUGUUCAAAAAGUUCGCUAAAGUCUUGAGGGCCCUAGAAGAUGGUGACGGCGAGCCAUUCUACCAAUUAGUUAAGUCGGAGAACUCGGCGCCACCGAUAUGCUCGAUAGAAGCAAUACCAUCUAACGUACCAAGAUUAGAGGAAGGAAACGAUGACGCGUUUCCUGCGAUUCUUUGCGCAGAUUCGCCUCCUAUUUCCGACACGGUAUCAGAAUUUGUAGAGUUUGUCGAAAAGCUUAUACGUAUUAGCUCUGCUGCUGGCGAUGUCAAUGCUCUCUUUAGAUUGGCUUGUAUAGGCAGGGCUAUCAGACCACAUUGGAGAUUUGAAGGACCAUUCGAAGGCAACACAAGUCAUCCAAUCCUCUAUGUAGCCAACAUGGCCGAUAACAUAUCUCCGCUCAUCAGUGCAAGAAACAACUCGCAAGGUUUCCCAGGCUCUGUCGUCUUAGUCCAGAACUCCUACGGCCACACUAGCCUUUCUGCCGCUUCAACUUGCACCGCUAGUUAUAUCCAUGCCUACUUCCAGAACGGCACGCUUCCGAAACCGGAAACUACUUGCGAGCCUGAUUAUUACCCGUUUCAAGAUCCACAUCCUAAUCAUGCUGACGAAUUAUCAUUAGCUUCUCACAAGUUAUCCCAAGUCAGUUGGGGCUUUCAGCCCAGAUUAACCCCAUAGGUAUCACAAGUAUGAAUUGCGGCCCCUUUUAUAGCCUAGAGAAUGCAAUUGUAUUUAUUUUCAACUAUCCUUUGGUAUAUUUACCUCCUCGAUAACUCAAAUACCUAGCCAAUCGUGUAAUAUAAGUAGGAUGGACUGGCGUUUGCCUAUGUAGGGAAUUGGAAUAUUAUGGCUUCGCCCUUGUCGUUCUUCACUCGACAAGAUUGUUUUUAUCGCUAGUAACUCAUUAGCAACCAUGACUUAAUGUACCCCCCAGGUAUAUAGACUGAACCAUUAUGAUACUUACGGUAAUUCAUAGUUGGGCAUAAA